CUGCCAUGUGCCACUUUCAGGUCUCCUCACACACUGCUGGUGUGUUCCAUUUUUUGUCAUAGGGUGCUGGCAGAUUACGGGCCUCCCAUUGCUGCUGCAGGUCUCCAUCGCCACACUCUGCCAUGUGCCACAUUCAGGUCUCUUCACACUGUGCUGGUGCUGGCAGAUUACGGGCCUCCCAUAGCUGCUGCCAGGCCCCUAAUCUGCCAUGGGCCCCUAUAUACCGCCUCCUCAUGCUGCUGCCAAGUCCAGAGUCUCUCAUGGGUCCCUGUACGGCCUCCCAUUGCUGCUGUCUCCAUCGCCACACUCUGCCAUGUGCCACUUUCAGGUCUCCUC